AUGACAUCACAGAAGGCACAAGACAGAAACCGUAUUGCAUCACAAAAGCACAUCAGAAACCAUAUUACAUCACAGAAGCACAUCAGAAACCAUAUUGCAUCACAGAAGCACAUCAGAAACCGUAUUGCAUCACAAAAGCACAUCAGAAACCAUAUUGCAUCACAGAAGCACAUCAGAAACCAUAUUGCAUCACAAAAGCACAUCAGAAACCAUAUUGCAUCACAGAAGCACAUCAGAAACCAUAUUACAUCACAAAAGAACAUCAGAAACCAUAUUGCAUCACAGAAGCACUUCAGAAACCGUAUUACAUCACAAAAGCACAUCAGAAACCAUAUUACAUCACAAGAGCACAUCAGAAACCAUAUUACAUCACAAAAGCACAUCGGAAACCAUAUUACAUCACAAAAGCACAUCAGAAACCAUAUUACUUCACAAGAGCACAUCAGAAACCAUAUUACAUCACAAAAGCACAUCAGAAACUAUAUUACAUCACAAAAGCACAUCAGAAACCAUAUUACAUCACAGAAGCACAUCAGAAACCAUAUUGCAUCACAAAAGCACAUCAGAAACCAUAUUGCCUCACAAAAGCACAUCAGAAACCAUAUUAGAUCACAAAAGCAUAUUGGAAAGCAUAUUACAUCACAGAAGCACAUCAGUAACCAUAUUAGAUCACAGAAGCACAUCAGAAACCCUAUUGCAUCACAAAAGCACAUCAGUAACCAUAUUAGAUCACAGAAGCACAUCAGAAACCAUAUUAGAUCACAGAAGCUCAUCAGAAACCCUAUUGCAUCACAAAAGCACAUCAGAAACCAUAUUAGAUCACAGAAGCACAUCAGAAACCAAAAUUUAAAAGCACAUCAGAAACCAUAUUAG